AUGGCAACCAUUCGCAUUGCUGCACUGAGAUCCGGCCAGCUACUGAUUUGCAGUAUUCAGCUGAUUUGCGCCUCGGAGCACAGUGGCGAAGGAUAUGGUGGGGGUUACGGCUACGGAGGAAGUGGCGGAGGAGGCAGUGGAUCCGGGGGCAGCGGCGGAGGAGGCGACUUCCACCACCACACACCCACCACAUAUUCGGAGAUCUCGAAGCAUGUGCCGGUUCAUGUGAUCGAGAAGGUGCCGCUGCCCAUUCCGCAUCCGGUGGCCGUCCAGGUGCCCAAUGUGAUCCGGCUGCAGAUUCCGGAACCCUAUGCCGUCCACGUGCCCGUCCAGCAGGAGAUCCAAGUGCCGGUCUACAAAAUAGUGCCCGAAAUAACCGAAAGGAAGAUCCCCUACACCGUGGAGAAGCCAUAUCCCGUGGAGGUGGAGAAGCCGUAUCCCGUCGAGGUUAUCAAGCAGAUCAAGAUUCCGGUGCCGAAGCCCUAUCCUGUUCCCAUUACCAUCUACAAGCAUGUCCUGCAAAAGGAGCAUGGCUGGUAAUUGCGGUAGUCGUCGGUUUUUAGGUGUGUAAGUACUAGGAUGCCAGCUCUUAAUCCCCAGA